AUGGGCCAAAAAUGUGAGCCAACGAGGAGACCCCAUUUGCUUUCAACUGCUCAAAAAGAAGCUCCACCUCUGUAUCAAAGCUAUCUUAUAUGGCAGAAAAAUCAAAUGGGCGCCUGUGGAGAGCCUGGAGAGGCUCGGGGUGCAAACGGUUGUCCGAGCCUACGUGGAGUGGUGAGGACUGAGGCUCGAAAGGACAGAAUAAUAGUCCACGUGGCUGCUCAGGGUCUCUUCGCCUUUUCACCGAUAUUUGGACUUAUGGGGAUAUUGGCAAUGACUAUUCAUGAGUAUGCUCUACCUGCAUCUAUUUAUGAAGGAUUUAAUUGUCAGUAA